UGUAAGUAUAUUAUAUUAGUUGAGUUGAUGAGAGAGAGAGAGAGAGAGAGAGAGGGGUAAUAAUUCAUUGAGAUGAAUAAUACUAGAAUAUAUAUCUAUGGAUUGUUGGGUGCCUGCCAGCUUUUGCCGAAGAAUGGGUACCAACCCAAGUUGAAAACUAGACCUCUCAUUUCCUUUAAAAAAAAGAAUCAAUCAAUUUCUGUUGUUGAUGAUCAAGAUGAAGGUGGUGUUGCUCUUCCUCUUUCUUGUAGUGUUGCCAAUUAAUGGAGACACAGAUCCAUCUGAUGCCUCUGCUCUUAGGGUGAUGUAUCAAGGGUUGAAUUCCCCUGGGCAGUUGACCAAAUGGACAUCAAAUGGUGGGGAUCCAUGUGGAGACAACUGGAAAGGAGUCAAGUGUUCAGGUUCAAGGGUCAAAGAAAUCAACUUAUCUGGUGUUGGGCUAUCUGGUGGUAACUUAGGCUACCAGCUUCAAAGUUUGACAUCAUUAACCAACUUUGAUAUAAGCAACAAUAAUCUUGGGAACCAGAUACCUUAUAACCUUCCUCCAAACUUGCAAACACUAAAUUUUGCUGGAUGUGGUUUCAGUGGAAACCUUCCAUAUUCCAUAUCACUAAUGGCAUCUCUCAAGUACUUAAAUGUCGCCCACAAUCAACUUAGUGGUCAACUGCAAGACAUGUUCCAAAAACUUCCAUCUCUCUCCACAUUGGAUCUAUCUUUUAAUUCUUUAACGGGUAAUCUUCCUCAAAGCUUCAGCUUGCUAUCCAGUGCAACCGAUAUGUAUUUGCAAAACAACCAGUUUACAGGAGCUAUUGAUGUCCUUGCUGAUCUUCCCCUUAAAAACCUGAAUGUCGCCAACAACAAAUUCAGUGGUUGGGUUCCUAGCCAGUUGAAGAACAUUAAUCUACAAAAGGAUGGUAACUCAUGGAACUCAGGAAGCGCACCCCCACCUCCACCCGGUGCACCAGCGACCCGUCGACCAAGGAGCCCAUCUACCAGUGAUGGUGGCAAGAAAUCUGGGGUGAGUGGUGGAGCUAUAGCAGGAAUUGUGAUAUCAGUUUUGGUUGUUGGUGCCGUCAUUGCAUUCUUUUUGCUCAAGAGAAAAUCAAGAAAAUCAUCUCAUACAGACAUUGAAAAAAUGGAGGACCAACCUUUUGCUUCCCUUGCCUCACAGCCACAAGAACUGAAGUCUGUUCAAGCAUUUGAAAUUCCACCUGCAAUUAAUCUUAAACCUCCACCCAUGGAACGUCAUAAAUCAUUUAGUGAUGAUGAUGAUGAUGUCUCAGCAAAACCCGUGGUUCCCAAAAAAACAAGCGUAGCCCCAACAAAUGUCAUAUCUUAUUCAAUCCCAGAUCUUCAAAUUGCUACAGAUAGCUUUAGUGCCGAUAACCUUAUUGGCGAGGGGUCCAUUGGUCGUGUUUUCCGAGCUCAGUUUGAAGACGGAAAGGUUGUUGCAGUAAAGAAGAUAAAGUCAUCAGCUGUAGGUGGAGGGGAAGAUUUCAUUGAUAUAGUUUCUGAUAUAUCAAGGUUACGGCAUCCAAAUGUGACACAACUUAUUGGGUAUUGCUGUGAGCAUGGGCAGCGCCUGCUAGUGUAUGAGUUCCUUAAAAAUGGUUCACUCUAUGAUUUCCUGCACCUAUCAGAUGAAUACAGCAGCAAGCCAUUGUUAACAUGGAAUAACCGUGUGAAGAUUGCUUUAGGGGCAGCACGAGCAUUGGAAUAUCUACAUGAAGUAUGCUCACCGUCCGUUAUCCAUAAAAGUAUAAACUCGGCCAAUAUUUUACUGGACUCAGAGCUGAACCCUCGCCUUUCUGACUGUGGUUUAGCAAGCCUUGUUGAAGAUGCAGAUCAGGAAUUGGACAACAGUGCCCCAGAGGUUUCCAUGUCUGGGCUCUACACAAUAAAAAGUGACGUCUAUGGCUUUGGUGUCACCAUGUUGGAACUGCUGACUGGAAGAAAACCAUUCGAUAGCUCAAGGACAAGAUCAGAGCAGUCGUUGGUGCGGUGGGCAACACCUCAGCUUCAUGACAUUGAUGCCCUUGCCAAGAUGGUUGAUCCUGCAUUGAAAGGACUCUAUCCAGUUAAAUCUCUCUCUCGGUUUGCAGAUGUAAUUGCUCUCUGCGUACAGCCUGAGCCUGAGUUCCGACCACCCAUGUCAGAAGUGGUGGAGGCAUUGGUUAGACUUGUGCAGAGGACAAACAUGAGCAAGAGAACGGUUGGGAAUGAUACUCUGAAGGGGGAACCUUGAACACAGUUUAUUCUAUUUAUAUUGUUUGUCGCUUUCAAUUUGAUUUUUUUGUAAAAUAGAAAAUAAAAGGAGGAUGUUGUUUGUUUAUACAAGUAUAACAGUGUUAUAAAUGUUUUUUUUUUUAAUAAUUUAAAAUAGAGUAAAUUACUGUUUCUGUCCA